AUGGAGGAGGAGGGUGCAGUCGGCGAAUCGGAGGAGGAGGAGGAGGGCGCAGUCGUCGACGUUGGCGUGUCUGACUCAGAGGAGGAGUUGGAGGUGCUCCAGCAACCUAACCUGAUCCAGAAGCUCGCCGACGUUGUCAGCACCAUCACUGUCGCCGUCCUGGUUCAAAACGUCGGCACGAUGGGGCUGUACCUGCGGCAGCGCAAGCAGCGCGGUGAGCCGUUCCUGCAGACGGCUGUCGACAUGCCGGUGCUGUGCUCCAAGAUUGCCGAGGGCAAGGCGGCGGAGCUGGAGGGCUUCCAGAUGAUGAUCAACUGCUACGCGGGCAUCGACUGAGCUGCGCGCGUCGACUCACCCGCCUUGCCUGUCGCCUUGCGCGGCGCUUGGCCAUGCGACUGUAUUCCGGACCGAGAGGUUGCCAGAUUUUGAGUUGUCGUGUCUGGCUCGGCGCGCGCUCCAGUGGCCUGAGAGUGCGGCCUCAAAUUGCUUUACGGCGUUCGCCGACCGUCUCCGCCCCCGGUUCACCGUCGCUGUACAUGAGCUUGGCUAUUCUGCUUAAAUAAUAAAGCGCGCACCUCU